CUUAUACGACACUUUGAGGUUUGGAGGCUGCUGGGGACCUUUUGUGGCGGCCCCGCCUCCCUCGUGCAGCCUGCGCAUACGCUGCCUGCUGCGCCGCUGCACCGCCUCGCCAUGGCAUCCCGCGCAGCUACAGGUGUCCUUUCACCGGGCGGGUGCGGAACUCUCCCACCACACGCCCCUCCCUUAGCUCCUGCUGUGGCAUCCUCUCGGGCCCCCGCGCCGGCAUCGUCCAGCCGUGCCAUCGGCGCUGUCUACUCGGCUUUCCUAAUCGGCCCGGUCGCCCCCUCGCUGACCUCGCAGCCUUGCGCCGUGCCUUCCUACCCGUCUUCACACCAGCAGCGCCGCCCCUGCGCCCCAGCAGCGGCCUCUCACGCGCCUGGACCCUGCAGCUCCUCUUGCUCCACCUCCACCCCCGGCGGCGGGGCUCCCAGCGGUAAGCCUCGGAUCUGGACUGCGGGGCGCCGGCGGAACCUGACGACUGCGGCCGCGGCCUCCUCCUCCUUCUCGGCACCGGGUCGGCCUGGCGGCGCCGCUAACAGCGAUGACGAGGACUCACCCAACUGGGGUCCCGGCGGCAGCGGCAGUGGCAGUGGUAGCGGCAGUGACGGAGAGGGCGGUCGCUUAGACGGCUCGUCGUCGUCGCCGGUCGUGCUGACCACCCAGGACGAGGACACCAUCUCAUCCAUCAUCACGGGCCUGUCCGCCGGCUCCGUGUCCAUCAUCCGCCUCAGCGGCACCGAGGCGGUGCCCAUCGCGCUCAAGGCCUUCCGCCCGGGCGGCCGCUUCCGCAUCGGCUGGUCGCCGGCCAGCCACCGCGUGUACUACGGCACGGCGGUGGAUGGCGACGAGAACGUGCUGGACGAGGUUCUGCUGCUGGUGAUGCUGUCGCCGCGCUCCUACACGGCGGAGGACGUGGUGGAGUUCCACUGCCACGGCGGCGGCGUGUGCGCGGCCCGCGUGCAGCGCGCGCUCAUAGAGGCGGGCGCGCGGCCCGCCAAGCCGGGCGAGUUCACGCUGCGCGCCUUCCUCAACGGCCGCCUGGACCUGGCGCAGGCUGAGUCGGUGUCGGAGCUGGUGGGGGCGCGCACGGCGGCGGCGGCGGACAGCGCGCUGGCUGGCCUGCGCGGCGGCGUGGGCAGCGCCGUGUCAGACAUGCGGCGGCAGUGCCUGGACCUGCUGGCGGAGCUAGAGGCCAGGCUGGAUUUCGAUGAAGACCUGCCGCCCAUUGACGUGCCGGCGCUCAAGUCCCAGAUCGAGGCCAUUCAGGCUGGCAUUGAAAAGGCGCUGAGGACUGCCCGGGCCGGCAGCCUGCUGCGUCGCGGUCUGCAGGUGGCCAUCGUGGGUCGGCCCAAUGUGGGCAAAAGCUCCCUGCUCAACGCCUGGACCAAUAGCGACCGCGCCAUCGUGACGGAGAUUGCCGGCACCACCCGCGACGUGCUUGAGGCGCAGCUCAGUGUGGGCGGCGUGCCGGUGACGCUGCUGGACACAGCCGGCAUCCGCGACAGCACCGACGUCGUGGAGCGCAUCGGGGUGGAGCGCUCCCAGGCGGCUGCCGCCGCCGCGGAUGUGGUCAUCAUGGUGGUGGACAGUGCUGAGGGCUGGACGGACGCCGACACGGAGAUCUACAGGUCGCUGUGGGGCGACGGGCCGGGUAGCUCGGGCUGCCGGGUGCGGGGUCCAGCGCUGCUGGUCGCGAACAAGGACGACCUCCGGGCGGCAGGGCCAGCCAGCGGUGGUGCCACCGCCUCAACUGAUGAGCACGCGCCCCUUCCGCUGCCGGUGCUGGCGCGUGAGACGUUUUCCGCCACGGUCCGCACCAGCGCGUCGCAGCGCAAGGGACUGGAGUCCCUGGAUGCUGCGCUGCUGGACCUGGCGGGCGCGCCCCAGCUGGCGGCCAGCGGCGGCGUGUCGUGGGCCGUCAACGAGCGCCAGGCGGAGGCGCUGGUGCGCAGCCACGAGGCGCUGAUGCGGCUGUCUGAGUCGGUGGCCGCCGACCUGCCGCUGGACUUUUGGACCAUCGACUUGCGCAGCGCGCUGCUGGCGCUGGGCGAGGUGAGCGGCGACGAGGUGGCGGAGGAGGUGCUGGACAACGUGUUCAGCAGGUUCUGCAUCGGCAAGUGAGGAGGAACUCGGGCGUGGCGUGCGUGGCAGGGGGGCUGGUGAGGGCACAGCGCCGAGGUUGAGAGAGUCAUCGGGUGGACGAGAGGCGUACUGUAGAUACAAGAAGAAGCUGGAAGGCAGCAAGGAGGUGGAGGACAAUGACUUCGAGUGAGCAGCAGUUGUCGUCGCGUGCAAUGUGCGAGGAUGAGCUGCGGUAGGGGACCGUGGGAUGGGUGUGGUCAGGUAUCGUUGAGGACCGUCGCGUGGGUGCUGGCUGCGGUGGAGGACGAGAUGAAGUAAGGGGCCGGGAAAUCGGGGAUACGCGUGUAGCUAGAGGACGUGUGUGGUAGGAUUUGGGACUAAAGAUGUGGUGAUGUAGGGACCCUCUGUCGACGAGGGGAGGCCGCUUCGGCAGCCGAUAGCCCCCAUACACCCCGCUAGCCGACCCAAGUGGUCACAAAUGCAUAGGGCGAAGGCGCUCCCGUCGCUUGAUGGUGGCCGCUCCGUGCGGGUGGGGCGCGGCGCCUUGAGGGACUCCAGGGGCCCGUUAACCCCGAGACCAGGAGAAGAUGUACAGGCCGCGGUUCAUGUAAAACGGUGAGCUU